AUCACAAGCUUCUUAGUCUCUCCACUUGCAGUUCUCAUUUCAGAAAGAGUUUCAAUCAAAGUCUUAAGAAGAUUUUUCUCUUUCUCUGUCAACUAAAAUGAAGAGUGGAGAAGCAACCACCAUUGAUGUUCCUGAGGCAAGUGGAGCAACCAAAGGAAAAGCACCUGUUUUGAUGGUUCCUAGGAAAGAAAAGGGAGGAAUGAAGAGAGGGCUUGCGAUUAUUGACUUGAUUAUAAGGAUAGGUGCAAUGGUGGCUGCUCUAGCUGCUGCAGCCACCAUGGGAACUAGUGAUCAGAACCUUCCUUUCUUCACUCAGUUCUUCCAGUUUGAAGCUAGCUAUGAUGACAUGCCUAGUUUCGAGUUUUUCUUGAUAGCAAUGUCAAUUGUAGCUGGCUACCUGGUGCUAUCUCUCCCCUUCUCCAUAGUAGCCAUAGUUCGCCCUCAUGCCGGUGGACCAAGGCUCUUGCUCCUCAUCGUGGACAUUGCGGCGCUUACUCUAGCCACUUCUGCUGCUGCGGCUGCAACAUCCAUAGUCUACUUAGCCCACAAUGGCAAUUCCAACUCGAACUGGCUCGCCAUUUGCAACCAGUUUGGUGAUUUCUGCCAGAAGGUCAGUGGGGCUGUGGUGGCAUCCUUCAUCACUGUUGUUUCCUUCAUGUUCUUGAUUCUGCUGUCUGCUUUGGCUCUCCGAAAGCAUUAAUCUAGAAGAAGAUGGAGAGAAGCUCUUCAAAUGAUUGCAAUGUUGUU